AUGGCACUCCAUUCUGGCCCCCGCAUGACACUCGCUCGAAUUCGGCAAGAAUUCUGGCCGUUACGUGGUAAGGCAUUGGCAACACACUCAUUCCGGAAUUGCAUUCCUUGCUUCCGAAGCAACCCUGUCCCUGUAUCCCAACCCCCUGGUCAACUUCCAAAACCCCGUACAACACCCUCUCGCCCUUUUGCUAUUACUGGCGUGGACUAUUGUGGGCCUGUCUACCUCAAGCCUGUACAUCGUAGAGCAGCAUCGCAGAAGGCGUACAUUGCCGUUUUCGUGUGCUUCUGCACGAAGGCGGUUCAUCUCGAGCUGGUAGGGGACCUCACAACUUCGGCUUUCCUCGCUGCUUUGCGGCGAUUCAUCUCGCGUAGAGGUCUUCCUACUGAGAUCCACUCGGACAAUGGUCUCAACUUCAAAGGUGCCAGCAACCAGCUUCGGGAACUUUAUGAUCUACUACGCGAUCCAAAUACUGCAUCCACAAUUUCCAACGAAACUGCCCAGCGAGGAAUCGUUUGGAAAUUCAUUCCGCCACGAGCACCAAAUUUCGGCGGCCUUUGGGAGGCUGCCGUGAAGUCGGCUAAAACGUCACUUAUUCGGGUGUUGGCCCAGCGAAAACUAUCGUUCGAGGACAUGGCCACGAUUCUCACCCAAGUCGAGGCGGCUAUGAACUCGCGACCGCUCACUCCGUUGUCAGAGGAUCCAGAUGAAUUGGACGUGCUCACCCCUGAUCAUUUCCUCACCGGAUCGUCGUUACUCGCGAUACCUGACCCAGAUUACACCGAUGUACCCGUGAAUCGGCUGCAGCACUACCAAGGAUUGCAGCAGCUGGUGCAACAACACUGGAAUCGAUGGAGGCGUGAAUACAUUUCGCAGCUCCAUAAUCAAAACCAACGAUAUCCGCAAUCAACACGUCUCAAAGUGGGUCAAAUGGUGAUCCUUAAAGAGGACGGAAUUUCUGCCAUCGCAUGGCCACUGGCUCGCAUCACCGAAGUCUACCCGGUCCUACCUGGUCCGGACGAAGUAGUCAGGGUAGUGAAAGUUCGCACUCCUAGUGGUGCUGUAUACAAACGACAGUCAUUCCGCAUCUGUUUGCUGCCGUUCGAGAAGUUGACUGACGACAACCGGAUAAACAAAGCUGCGCAACGUGAAUUGAAUUCAAUCUAA